GGUUUUCUCCGCCUGCAACGAACCAAACCACAUCGUUCCAACCACUCCUCUUCGUCCGUACCUGACUCCUCCGAUCUGACCAUGGCGGCCGCGGCUCCCGGCGGAGUGGCGUCCUCCUCCAACCUCCGCUUUCCAUCCUCCAACUACCUCUCCCGCCGCGCUGUCGCCCCACCUUCUGCCGUCCGCUUCCUCGCCCCCUCGUCCCCUCCCUGUCGCGGUCGCCUCCGGAUCUCGUUAUCUUCCACCGCCCGGCGACACGUCGUUGUGCGAUCCGACCGAGGAGGAGGAUACGGAGGCAGCGACGGCGGGCAUGGUGGCGGCGGGGGCGACGGAGGGGAGGGUGGUGAUUCGGGCGAGAACAAUCGCGCCGAGGCGUUGCUCGUGCUGGCGAAGGCCGAGAGGACGCUCGAGAGCCUCCCCAAGGACUUGGCCGCCGCGAUUGAGAACGGGAGGAUCCCCGGGUUGAUCGUGCGGCGGUUCUUUGAGCUCGAGAGGUCGCCGGUCUUCCGGUGGCUGUUCCAGUUUGGGGGAUUCAAGGAGAGGCUCCUUGCUGACGACCUUUUCUUGGCUAAGGUAGCCAUGGAGUGUGGCGUCGGCGUCUUCACUAAGACAGCCGCUGAGUGGGAGCGUCGCAGAGAGAACUUUAUUAAGGAAUUGGAUUUUGUUAUCUGUGAUGUGGUAAUGGCCAUAGUUGCUGAUUUCAUGCUCGUGUGGCUUCCUGCUCCGACAGUAUCACUACGAGCCCCUCUUCUGUUGAACACUGGACCAAUUGCAAAGUUCUUCUAUAGCUGUCCUGAUAAUGCUUUUCAAAUUGCUUUAGCUGGAACAUCAUAUUCAUUCUUGCAGAGAGUCGGUGCAAUUGUGAGAAAUGGUUCAAAGCUUUUUGUUGUUGGGACUGGUGCUUCCCUGAUUGGGACCGGCGUAACCAAUGCUUUAAUCAAGGCCAGGCAGGCAAUUGACAAAGAUGUUGAAAUAGAGGCAGAGGAUGUGCCUAUUGUAUCUACUAGUGUCGCCUAUGGUGUCUACAUGGCCAUUUCAAGCAAUCUUCGGUACCAAGUGUUGGCUGGUGUCAUUGAACAACGUAUCUUGGAGCCCCUGCUACACAACCAAAAAUUAGCACUCAGUGCCUUGUGCUUUGCAGUUCGUACAGGAAACACAUUUUUGGGAUCCCUGCUGUGGGUUGAUUAUGCCCGCUGGGUGGGCGUCCAAAAGGCCAAAGAGCAUGAAUCAUCUUCUGUCUGACAAAAGAUCAGCUGGAAAAACUGAUUGGAACAUUUUAUCAAAGCUUUACUAGAUCAAGCAUGUAAGUCAGAAUCAUCUUCUGUCUAACAAAAGAUCAGCUGGAAAAACUGAUUGGAACAUUUUAUCAAAGCUUUACUAGAUCAAGCAUGAAGUCAACUUUGUUUGCCGAGUUUGAUUUUUGAACUCGGUUUCAAUUCAUUAUUUGUGAUUGUUAAAGUGGAGUUGUGGGUUCACAUUGAAUUGCCUUAAGUGAAUAACACAUCUGUCUAUUCAUCACAACUUUGCUAUGUUGUUCCUUGAGGGAUACCAUACGAUCUUCAUGCUAAA